AUGAAAGUAGAUAAGAAGGAAAUGUGUCCAGAGCAAAUAAGAACUAUAGCUUUGGAAACAAUUGAGCAACGUUUUCCGGCUGAGGAAUGGAUACAUGUAUAUAUGGAUGGCUCUUUGACCGAUAGGAUUCAGGGGGCUGGAGCUGGAGGGUUUAGCAAGCUUUUCAGUUUCUACAUACCUGUAGGAGCUUACUCCACUCACUUUGAUGGAGAACUGAAAGACAUUCAUGUAGCUCUCCAAACAAUUAUCAUUGAGAUAGAACUCGAUUCAGGAGUUCUGCUUGUACUGUCUGAUUCGACUUCAGCAAUACAGGCCAUCUCCUCUUAUCAAGAGUGUAAGAACGUAUGUGUUCAACAGUGUUAG